CGCGGACCGACGCAGGGCGGCGCGAGCGUGGGGUGCGCGGCCCGCGGCCCCCGGCGCCCCCAGCCCCAUGGCCGGCCCCGCCCCGCCUGCCGCCGACGAGCUGCCCGGCCCGGCCCGGCGCCUCUACUCCAGGAUGGAGGCCUCGUGCCUGGAGCUGGCCCUGGAGGGCGAGCGGCUGUGCAAGGCAGGGGACUUCAAGGCGGGCGUGGCCUUCUUCGAGGCCGCCGUGCAGGUGGGCACAGAGGACCUGAAGACGCUGAGCGCCAUCUACAGCCAGCUGGGCAACGCCUACUUCUACUUGAAGGAGUACGCCCGCGCGCUGGAGUACCACAAGCACGACCUGCUGCUGGCCCGGACCAUCGGUGACCGCAUGGGGGAGGCCAAAGCCAGCGGGAACCUGGGCAACACGCUCAAGGUUCUGGGCCGCUUUGACGAGGCUGUCGUCUGCUGCCAGCGGCACCUGGACAUCGCUCAGGAGCAGGGGGACAAGGUCGGGGAGGCGAGGGCACUCUACAACAUGGGCAACGUGUACCACGCCAAGGGCAAGCAGCUGUCCUGGAGCUCCGCGCAGGACCCCGGGCACCUGCCGCCCGCCAUCCGCGAGACGCUGCGCCGGGCCUCCGAGUUCUACGAGAGGAACCUGUCCCUGGUGAAGCAGCUGGGCGAUCGGGCAGCCCAGGGCAGGGCCUGCGGCAACCUCGGCAACACCCACUACCUGCUGGGCAGCUUCGUGGAGGCCACGGCCUUCCACAAGGAGCGCCUGGCCAUCGCCAAGGAGUUUGGAGACAAGGCAGCGGAGAGGAGGGCCUACAGCAACCUGGGGAACGCCCACAUCUUCCUGGGGCGCUUCGACGUGGCCGCCGAGUACUACAAGAAGACGCUGCAGCUCUCACGGCAGCUCAAGGACCAGGCGGUGGAGGCACAGGCCUGCUACAGCCUGGGCAACACGUACACGCUGCUGCAGGACCACGAGCGCGCCGCCGAGUAUCACCUGAGGCACCUGCUUAUCGCCCAGGAGCUGGCUGACAGAGUGGGCGAGGGCCGGGCGUGCUGGAGCCUGGGGAACGCCUACGUGUCCAUGGGGAGCCCGGCACAGGCCCUGACCUUCGCCAAGAAGCAUCUGGAGAUCUCCCAGGAGAUUGGGGACCGCAGCGGGGAGCUCACGGCCCGUAUGAACGUGGCCCAGCUGCAGCUGGCGCUGGGCCGGCUGUCCAGCCCGGCGGCUGCAGAGAAGCCUGACCUGGCCGGCUACGAGGCCCAAGGGGCCAGGCCCAAGAGAACGCAGAGGCUCAGCGCGGAGACCUGGGACCUGCUGAGGCUCCCCUUGGAGCGGGAGCAGAACGGAGACAGCCACCAUGCGGGGGACUGGCGGGGGCCCGGCAGGGACCUGCUCCCGCUUCCCGUGAGGAGCCGCAAGUACCAGGAAGGGCCAGACGCUGCUGAGAGGAGGCCCCGGGAGGGCGGCCACUCCCCGCUGGACAGCGCCGACGUCCGGGUGCAGGUGCCUCGCACGGGCAUCCCGCGGGCCUCGUCCUCCGACGAGGAGUGCUUCUUCGACCUGCUGAGCAAGUUCCAGAGCAGCCGCAUGGACGACCAGCGCUGUCCCCUGGAGGAGGGCCAGCCCGCCGCGGCCGCCGAAGCCACAGCCUCCCCCAGCCUGGAGGAGCGGAUCGCCCAGCCCUCGCUGAAAGCCUCCCCCCAGACCGAGGAGCUCUUCGACCUCAUUGCCAGCUCCCAGAGCCGCCGGCUGGACGACCAGCGGGCCAGCGUGGGCAGCCUGCCCGGACUGCGUAUAACCCACAACAACCUGGGGCACCUCCGGGGUGACGGCGACCUCCAGGAGCCCGGGGACGAGUUCUUCAAUAUGCUCAUCAAAUGCCAGUCCUCCAGGAUAGAUGACCAGCGCUGCCCGCCCCCGGACGUGCUGCCCCGUGGCCCCACCAUGCCUGACGAGGACUUCUUCAGCCUUAUCCAGAGGGUCCAGGCCAAGCGGAUGGAUGAGCAGCGGGUGGAUCUCGCAGGCAGCCCAGAGCCGGAGGCGGGCGGACCGCCGGAGCCCCGGCAGCAGUGCCAGCCUGGUGCCAGCUAAGGCCUUGCGCCCAGAGCCAGGCCCGCCCCACCCCAACUCCUGAACACUGGGGUGGGGGGGCUCACACACGUCCAGGAUGCCCACAGCCCCCCCAAGAAGCCAAAUCCUCCCUAGGCCAUGCCUGAGGGCAGGCUCUGAGCCACCCAGCCCCUCCCACUGAGCCGGACGCUGGGCACAAGCCCCCUUGGCGUCCCCCUCCCCAGGGCCGCGGGCCUGCGUCUGUCCUGGGCCGGCCCCACGUGGUACGCAGCUUCCUGCGGGCCUGCCCAGCCCAGCCCUCGCCCCUGCCCUGCCCUGCCCUGCCCCUGCCCCUGGCCGGGCCUUCCGCAUGUCGGCCCCACUCCCGGUGCUGUCCAGACCCUCCACAUGCUCUCCCUGCACCCCCUGCCCUGUCCAAAUGUGAACACCCUGCAGCCCCCAGCCCGCAACGGUGGCUCUGAAGCCUCUUCUCUGGGGCCGCCGGCGACACAGGCACUCCUGUCCUCCCAAAGCCCGUCCUGGGGCAGCCAGCACAGACAGGCUUACCCAGCAACGGUCCCUCUCCCUCCCUCCCCACCCCCGGGGCCAGAGGAGGCAGCGGGAAGGCAGUCGCAGAAAGCCUGGAGCCUGAGCAGGCAGGGCCCCCACGCGGGGUCGCCAGACCCUGGCACUUCAGCCCCCAGCCCACCGGGCACCUGGUCCUGAGCUGCCAACAUCCCUCCCUCUAAGCCAGGACCCUGGGUGCUGCGGCGGCCUGGUUCUGGGAAUACCAGCUGGCAGCGAGGCCUGUACCCCGGCCGUGGCGGCAGGCAGCAGGCGCGAGGGCCCAGCUUGGAGGAGGCAUUGUGCGCUCAGCACAAGUGGGGAGGGGCCCAGCUCAGCUCACCCCCGCCUGCACCCAACCCUCACCCCCAGCAGCGGGGAGCGGACAUCGCUGCCUUCUCCCGUGGGAGAUGGUGGCCUCAGCCCUCGCCCCUCGCCCCGGACGCCUCUUCUGGAGCGGUCCUGGGUCGGCCCACAGCCCCCACAGCCCGAGGCGGCCCCUCUUGGGUGGUGCCUUGCCCGGCCUGCGGUCCUGCUCUCUGAUGCGUGUGGGGAGGCGGCCGGACCCCGCCCCGCGGUACAGCCCGGGGACCUCUGGGCGGAGCGGCCUCCUGGGCCGGGUUGGUUGGCGGGUGUGGGGUCGGAGGCCACGGGACAGGCUCCUGCUCGGCCGCCCCACACACCUGAACGUACGUGCGUAUUUAUUGCCCACACGUGUUUGCCAUGUUGUCAGUGGGUCCUUUCCGACCCAAGAGGUACAUUUGUUCUUGUUUUUCCUGAGAAAAUAAAGUUUGCCAAGUGAAA